CGCUACGUCAUCGUUGUUCGGUCGAGGUCGAUCCCGCGGCGGCGUUCCGGAUCGGCCAGCGAAGAAAGGCCACAACGCGGCGUGCUGCUGCUGCUGCACACACGUACACACACACUCCGCUUUGCGCCGUUAUCUCGCGGAUCUCCCUCUCGCGCGAAUGGCGCCCGGCGAACGUUUUCACUCGCUCUCGUCUCGCGGCAGUACGCACUUGCGAGGGAUUCCUGGUCGAAGCUGAUCUUCAGUCAGGUUUUCCGCUCGCUAUGCAUCGGUUCGGAGUCGCCGGAGCGUUGACGAUCGCGCUCGGAUGAGAUUUCAAGGGUCGAGAAAUCAGUGUGCCGUCUUGCGAGUGUGUUUCUUAGAUUUAUUUCGAGAUCGUGCACGUGCGUCCCGUGAACGUCACGCAUGGGAAAAUGGUGAAAUGUUAGUGGUAGAUUUUUUGAUAAAACGAAACGAAAAAUCAUUUCACCCAAAACCGAUCCCGAAUGUGCCCGAAUGGCAUCGUUGUGGAAAGCAUAAAUAAAUAAGCAGAAGAAUAACAAAUCAACCAUCGAUCACUCGUACCGGUGUGUUUUGUGGCAGCCAACGUGAAUUUUGCUUGAAUAUUUCCGUGAUGAGAAAGAGCGAGCAGAAAAGCAAAUAAAUAUACCAGCCGGUCUUAUCAUCGCCAGUUCCGUGGUGUGUGGAAAGGAAAUCUUAGCAUCAUAAGAUUUUCGAUCUUUCCUUUCAAGCUGGCUGGUCCAUCAUUCUUCGUGCUUGAUGCUCUUAUGUUUAUCUUAAGCAUUCUCUUCUGCCUGAGGCGAACAGAAACCAAAUCAGAAUCGCGUGAGUGAGCAAAGUGUGUGUGUGUGUGUGGAGGGGAAAAAGAAAAGGAAUCAGCAAUCGUCGCAUUUCGCGAAAACGGUUCAUUUUGCGUGAAAAAGAUUCGUUUUGGUUGAGGUGCUUGCAUCGCGAGGAAUUUGUCCGAUUUUCAUGGAGUGUUUUCCGUACAUGCCGUGUUCGUAUCGCAUUCCGAUGCUGCCGUUUGUGUGCAUGUUCCACCUAAUAGUGUCAGUGUGAAUUAACAAGAUAAGCUCAUGUGUUGAGAGCACGGAUCUGAUUUAGAAAAUUCCGAAACCGAUUCCAGAGCAACAAAAAGCCAUCGGAAUAGUCAAAGGCGAAGCAAGAAGACACGAAGAAAAGGACACGGGCCCAAACCUUUCGAAUCUUUUAAAGCUGUCGCCGAUGCGGCUAAUAAGGAGCGUCAACACCGUGCGCCAUGAAACUGUUGCCCUCCGACGACGAUGCACGGAUAGAGAAUCUCGAACUGCGGCUUGAAGUAGUGUAAAAGAACGUUCUGCCGUUUCGCCGCGAGAGAACUUUAAACGCACGCCACUUGCGACCGCCUUGCAGAGAGUGCGGGGCAAAGAAUUCACCGCAAAAAAGCAGCAACACAACGUACAACGCAUCACCAUGCCGGCCAUGAUGUCACAUCGGAUGUCGCCAAAGACGCGGGUCGUGUUCAAGUUCAUCUUCGGCCUUGGCAUCUGGUCGUUCCUGGUGCUGGGCUUCUUCAAGCUGAACGGCGACCAGGUGAUGCAGCACCAGUUCCACCAGACGCCCAUCAACGGGCGGCUGCUGCUGAACAAGGACAACCGAUGGACCGGAAAUGAGGCCACCUCGACCACCACCGACCGCUACCUUUCGCCGGCCGCGAUGGCGGGCGCGAUGGCCGGGGUUGACGAGGUGCUCGUCGAUAAUCGUGCCGUGAUCGACGACGAGCAGCUGGUGAAGGACGUGGAGUCACGGUUACCCUCACUCCCGAUCGCCUACUGGAGCAAGCACAAGAACGCGGUACAGAAGAAGGCCACAUGCGCCCGUUACCCGUCGAUCUUCGAGCUCGAGUUCAACAACAUCUACUGGCAGACGCUGCGCAGCUCGAACGGAACGUUUCAGCUGUUCGGUGCGUACUACGACAUCCGGAAGCGGUCGCGCAUCGGACCGGCCGUGCGAAUCCUCGGCAUGAUCGAUCGGAUCGAGCCGCGGGUGAAGACCUUCUGCCAGCUUUGGUUCGACGGCCAGAAGGAGCCGUUCAUCGUGAAGACGUUCGAGUACAAGUACAUUUGGUUCAACAAGUGGGGCAACUACAAGCAGGGCAUCUACCAGCCGUAUCUGAUCGCCUGCCAGAUCCCGAAACCGUUCCGUGGACUGGUGCCGGCAUCGGUGUCGCUGGUGGAGAAGCAGUGCGAUACGGCCACGAACAACCUACGGGUGCUGUACGAUCGUCCACUUGACGAUGAAAAGCGCGGUUUUGCGGUGUGCGUGAAGGGGCUGGACUUUCUGUACGACGACCUUUCGGUGCGGUUGGUCGAGUGGAUCGAGCUACUCGGCAUUCUCGGUGCGGAUAAGGUGUUCUUUUACGAGCUGCAGGUCCACCCGAACAUCUCCAAGGUGUUGCGGUACUACGAGGAGCAGGAUCGGGUGCAUGUGACCCCGCUGACGUUACCCGGUGGCCAACCGAACGUGCCCGGUUUCCAGCAUCUUUUCCUCUCGAAGAAAACGACGCACAAGCGACAGAACGAGCUGAUCCCGUACAACGACUGCCUGUACAAGAACAUGUACAAGUAUAAUUUCAUCGCCUUGCUCGACAUCGACGAGGUGAUCAUGCCGAAGAUGGACGAGGAUCGCACCUGGCACGACCUGAUGGAGCGUGUCGUGGCGAAAGGCAUGAAGCUGAAGAACGACACCUACCCGAGCUACAACGUGCGCAACGUGUACUUCUUCGACCGGGAUCAGCACGAGCACGAGUGGGCGAAGGACACGCCACGCUACAUGCACAUGCUGCAGCACGUGACGCGUGCGAAAAACUACACCAAGCCGAACCAGUACGUCAAGUGCUUCCACAACCCGGAGCGGGUGCUGACUCUGCACAACCACUUCCCGAUCGCGUGCCUCGGUGGCACUUGCCAUUCCUACCCGGUCAGUACGGACGAUGCGCAGCUGCAGCACUACCGGGCCGACUGCGUCCGGACGCUCAAGAAGAGCUGCGAAGAGUUCAAGGAGAAUCAGGUGCGCGACACCACCAUCUGGAAGUACAAGGACGAGCUGAUCCAGCGGACGCGCCGUACGCUCGAUGUGCUCGGGUUCUUCAAGGCGCCACCGGGGGGAUCGGGAGGCGGUGGUGGUGGCGGCGGAUCGCUACUCCGCGGUGGCAAAGACUCGCUCUACAAGCGGUGACUGUUGGCACGAGUCCGCAGUCUCUUUAGUCUCUAGUGCUACGAGCUAUAAGUCGACGUAAUCCAAUCGAGGGAGGAAGGGUGAGGAAGAGAUAGGCCCGUUAAGAACGAGCCAACCGAACAUACGACUAUUACUACUGUUAGAUUGCUUUAGGCUAUAAGUAGGCAGCGGCACCUUUUCCUUCGGUGUGCAGUUAAUGUAAAAAAGUAAAACAAUCGGGAUAUGGUGUGUGGGUAGUGUUUAAAUGUCGUUUUAAGCUUGCAAGACCAAGCGCCAGCUAGGCUUCAUUCCUUCGCGGUUUCGUUUGAGAGAGAGAGAGAGAAUUAACACAAAUAUUUAAAGCUAAAAGAUUGGGACACAUUGAAAUGUUUUCCCAUCGUUUUUUGUUGUGCGGCUUCGAUCGCUAAACCUGGAGAUGAAAACGGAGCAGCUUUUAUAGGAUUGUGAUAGCCACACACGCGUCAUAGGCUCCUGCGACCGAUCGAGUCUCACAUAUAAAUACGUGCCUUUGAGUUUUCAUUCCAAUCGCGGUUCAGUUUCUCUAGGUAAAUUGAUGAUAGCCUCCCGAAUCCAUCUUUCGAAGGGAAGGUUAACGAAACAGAUUUCCUACUUGCUUUCCCUCAACCCUGCUAUCUUUGAAAGCUGUCCCUGUAAAGCAUAAGUGUUGGAUUUCACCUUUAAUAAGUACGUUGAAAUUCGCCUAGCAUAAGAUAAGACUUCCGGAGGUUCGAUAACGGCGACCGAAGCUUCACAUAUACACAUACCGCUAAGUAAAAGAGGUGUCCUAACACCACCAGUGUAAAUAUAUUUACUCCUCUCUAAACUACGCGCCAGAAGCUGUUACCUUUUGACGAGAAAAGACCAGUUCAUUUCAUCACUCGCGUACCGCACCGUGCGAUUAUUAAGCAGAUAACAUUUUCAUUCCUCCGUAAUUAGUAAAUCUGAACAGAACAGAAGAAACUCCUUACCGAUACAAGCCAUUACUCUCUUUUCCUACCCUUUUCAACAAUAAAAUAAUAUUCCACUAGUUGAUAGGAAGGUAAACUGUUCCAAGAAAUAGUGUGUUUGUCGCUCCUCACAAGAUAAACACCCACUUUCCCUGUGAAAAAACACCGAAGUCCCAAUCGAACAUGAAACGAAAUGACAAAACACAGGCACAAGUGUGUUCGUAGCAGAGUGUAUUAAAUUAUCGUAAUGAAAGCUUCUUGGAAACUGCUGAAGCAUCCAGUUCGGGUGGAAAUUGUAUAUUAACGAAAUCCGGUCGAGGAAAACCGCACGUUACUAAACGAAGACGCACUAGGGAUAGUGCUUUCUUCUUGGGAAGAAGCAUAAUAAAGAACGAGAAAACUGUGGCACUAGGAGCAAAUCGUUUAGCUAGGAAUUUUGUUAAUUGAAUUUCUCUAUAAGAAUGUGUAAAUAUUAAAGACUGAAUCGAACUGUAACCGAAAAGAAGGAUAUAAUUAUUGGCACCGUGGGGAGGGAGAGGCAACGUAUGCGUUUAGUAUUUUUUUCCCCACUUCUCCUCGGGCUAAUUAUGAUGGAGGAAAGGAAGCAAAGAGGCGGAAAAAGUAGAGCAUCGGGGAAGGUCGAUUGUUUUGUUAUUUAUUCGUGCGUGGCGCGUGAUUAUUAGUCCCCGGGAAAAACGGGAAUCGCGAAACCGGAACCAUACCAUUAAUGAUAGUCUCGCGGGUCAAACCCUCGCCGAGGGGGAGGGGGAGGAAUGGAAGAAAAAAAGCGAUUCAUCAGAGCGAUAAGGAGAGGGCGAUAUUCUUUACUGAUACACGGCGACAUCACACCGCCUGGAUGCGAAUCUCACCGGUUUUUUUUCGGGCAUGGGCACCGUUGGUUAUCGGAAUGGAAGAAUCAUUUCAUUUGCCGACUAUUUAAAGCAGAUUUCCUAAUAAAUGUUGUUAAGAUAAAAAACCAUUAGAAUGGGGGCUGAGAGCACACUCCCGUCUCGAGCGUGAGCUGAUGAUUGAUUGAAGUUGAUGUGGCAAUGAAGGUAGUCCAUCCAAUGUGACACCGUGAGUCGUGAGUCGCUAUGAAGUUAAACUACUAAAAACCUGUAACUAGUGGGUAACGUUAAACAAUUGAACGAGUGUGUGGGGGCAGAAAAGCAUAUCUGAGGAAAAGUAGAAAAGAUUGGGAAAGUAAAAGUCGAGCGAGUGCAGGGAAGUCAUUUACAUGUAACAUGGGAGGGAAGAAAACCUAACAAUGGGACCGAAUACAACACGAUAUAAUCCGAGUGUGUCUGUCAGUGAUUCGAGACGGAGUGAAGUCGAAGAGAGAAUAAAUAUUGAAAAUUUGAAA